CCCGGGCAGUCGCGCCGGACGCGGCUCCAUGGCGGACUUGGGGUCCCGCCGCCCCCGCGGGAUCGCUGCUCCCCCGGCCCGGUGACGCCUCGUUUCGUCUCGUCUCGUCUCGUUGCGUUGCGGCAGGACCUCCCGUGGAGCAGCGCGCGGCCAUGGCGUCCCGGCGGCCCGACGUUCCCGCUAUUGAGCACAGCUCUGGAGGGCUUCUAGGAAAGAUGUCCCUGCCGAUCGGGAUGCACCGGCGGGCUUUCAGUUAUGACGAUGCCCUGGAGGACACGGCACCGAUGACUCCUCCCCCUUCAGAUAUGGGCUCCAAUGUCCUGUGGAAACAGCCGGUCAUCCCAGAGCGCAAGUACCAGGAGCUGUCGCAGGUUGAGGAAGGGGAGACUAACAGCUACCCGCCUGCCAUAACCCCUUCAUCUUCUACUGAGAGUGUGAACAAGGCCCCUGUGGUGAAGGCCAAGGCCACUUACAUCAUCAUGAAUUCUCUCAUUACAAAGCAGACUCAGGAGAGCAUGCAGCGCUUUGAGCAGCAGGCAGGGCUGACUGAUGCUGGAUACACUCCUCACAAGGGCCUCACAGCAGAGGAGACCAAGUACCACCGCGUGGCUGAGGCGCUCCAUAAGCUGAAGAUGCAGAGCGGAGGGGCAGCUGCCAGAGAUGACUAUCAAGCUUCCUCCACGCAGUCCUCUCCCAGCAACACUCCCCAUUGCUCCCCCAAGCACAAGAACCGAGGCUGGUUUAGCCAGGCCCCGUCCACCGCCAUCCCUGGCCCAGACUUUGUCUCCAUGGAUCCCGCUGGGGGUGACCGAGACCGUGUAGCUGCUGAGAAAUGGAGCUUCUUUGGACCCAAGUCUGUGCAGAAGCCCAGCUGUGACCCAGGGGGCUUCACCAUCCAGCCCUACAAAGGCGCCCAAAAGCCGUCCCCAAUGGAGCUGAUCCGUGCCCAGGCCACACGCAAGGCAGAGGACCUGGUUACCUUCAAGCCACCCAAGAUGGACAUCCCAGCCCUGGAGGGGAAGAAAGAGCCCCCUCGGCCGCACAACCUCAAGCCCCGGGACAUGAACGUGCUCACGCCCACAGGCUUCUAGGUGCCCAGGAUGUACCCAACUGCAAAGUCCAGCAGCGUCCUUCCAGCUCGGCCCUGGGGAAGCAGCAGCCCCUGCUCUCCAGGGGCAAAUCCCAAAUCCGUUUCCUUUCUUGAGAAAGCUUCUGUCUCAGCACUAAAUCCACAGAGACCCUCUGCACUUUGCAUCGAUGCCCUGCUUCUCCAUACAGCAGGGGACCCCAGGGAGAUGCACACUCCCUCCCUGCCCCCCAAAACUACACCUGGUGAGAGGCUUUGGACUUGUGCACCUCUGCUUGGACUGCUUUGCCCAGCUCAAGGUUGGCCUUCUCUCCUAGGCUUGCUGCCUCGUGACAAGGACCACAGCUUCCUCCAGCACGUAGGUUGGGACCAAGACCUGGGCUACACACAGCAGUUCCCCUUUCAGGAUCCCAGAGGGAAGCCUGCGUUUUCCUCCCUAUGUGGGGACUGUAGGGGGGUUUCCGAGGGGUCCUGGAAUGGGUUGGGGUGGGGAUCCUUGCUUCCAUGGGGCAGUGCACGUGGAAGGGCGGUGUGGGGGUUUUGGGAAUGUUCCCAGUAGCCUCCUGUAAAUAGGUAGGGGCAGAGGCUGUGGCAGGUCAGUGGGGUGCUGCUUCCUAGCGGCAGGUGCUGCUGACGGGGGUGCAGAGACCUGGAGAAAGCCUGAGCUGAGCCCUGGCCCGUGUGCUCGGGUUUUAGACUUCCAUUGGCUUGGUUUUUAAAUGUUAUGGGGAACGCUGCACCUGCCCUCUCCCGUGGAGGUAGGAAGGGACCCUGCAACUACCCAACACCUGCCUGGACACAGGAGGGUGCUCGGUGCUGCCUCUUGGGUCUUGUGGCUCUUGCAUUCCCUGAGUGAGCAAGUGAUGGUGGGGUGCAGGCCUGGCCCCCCCCAGCAGUGAUGACAGCCCUGUCCUGGCCCACCUGGUGUAAGCCUCCUCAGCGGGUGAGGCCCAGCAUCCCUCUGUGCUUCAGAGGGCACAGCCUGUCCAGCCUCAGCUACCCCUGCACAGGGCAACCCUGCUGCUGGGCCACUUCACCUCGGGCAGUGUAGCAGUGGCAGCCCCUGCACUCAUACCACGCCGGUAGCACCAGGGACUGUCAUGGCCACUGCUCGUCCCAUCCCCGUUGCUCACGAGCCCUCGGGCUGGCAUUAAUUUAUUUUUGCUGUCUGUACUCAUGUCUCUUUAAUGUGCCUCCAUCGGGUUUGUUACAAGAGAAUAAAGACCCUUGUGACGA